UAUAUUUUUUUCCAGAAAAGCUGCUCUGCGCAAGAAAUUUCUUGGUUUGAAAAAAGCUUAAGUGACAGGAGCCAAGAAACUGUAAGAAAGGGCGUUCAAACUUGGUUGAAAAGCCCCAUGAGGAUGAAGCAAAAGAUGGAACCUUUGUCACUUAAGCCACGAGACAAGGAAGGAACGGAUAGGGACUUUGAAGGAGCUGGAGUUUCUAGUAAAGAAGAACAUGAUAUAAUUCAAAAGGCAAAGCUUUUCAAUCAAAUCUGCGAAGGGGAAAGUAUUGUGACGCCAUCAAAUAAGACAAAUCAUAUUGAUAUCGUUGAUCAUGAUCAGAUUGAUGACUCUGUGGAAACAAAUCUGCUCGACACUUUCCUAGAAACGUUGGUUGGUAGAGAUGAUGCUGCAUCAACGACGAAAGCACUUGCUCUGCUGGAAGCAAAUAGUGGUAUAGAAGUUUGCCAAAGAUUGUUAAAAAACUGGAAACAAUUGAGGCCAUUGACACAAAAGUUAAUUGCUCUGGUUGCUGAGGUCAAGCAAACUAAUGAACAUUUGUCGAUGAACGGACUCAAUAAAGCUGAAAAGGAUGUGAAGGUAUUGGAUGAAGAAAAUGAGGCUUUGGAGGAAUCAAGUGACACAUCGAUAAGGCUCUACAAGAAAACGAAGCACACACAUGUUUCUUGUGGAAAAGCUUCAUCUACCAAGGCCAUGAGGAUUGACUUUCAAGACGAAAUACUUAUGGACAUUCUCAGUAGGUUACCCCUGUUUUUGAGCUUGUAG